GCAGCCUGUCCAAAUAUAUAUCGCCAGAUUUAUCAAGGAGAAAUUCGGAUGGACCUUCUAGCUUACCAGAACCACUGAGCACCCGGUGGAUCGGAUCCAAGAGCGGGUUGUGUUAUCGUUAUCAUGAAAAUAUGUCGUUUUGUAGAAAAGGAUAAAUUAAGCCCAUGUUUUUUUGUUUUCGAGAUACUGGCUGCCCCCUUGCUGAUGUAGUCGCAGGUCUUUAAAAGGCUGCUGGUUGUGGUUGAGGAGGGAAAUCCGCGUCCGAUAGGGACACUGCAACGCCGUGACGCAAUUCAGCCUCCGCUGCUGCAACACAAUACAAUUUGAAUCACCAUCAAAACGCCGACGACGGGAUGCUUCUUCUUCUUCCUUCUUCUUCUUGUGGGUGUAAACAGAUUUUAAAUGGCAAGGAAGAGGAGGGGGUGUGGCGCUGACCAUCUCCCAUUCACCAAAACAACACACGCCCAGAGAGCCCGUGCAUCUGUGCCGUAAAGAUAAUAAUAAAAGAAGGAGCUGUGCAGAGGAUCGGGUUGGAUCUCUGUCUGCUCCGGACUGUCGCUGGGUACACAGGCCAGCUGGCCAGCCAAGCAGCCUGCCAGCCCCUCGGCAUCCCACCGCAGGCUCUCCACGCAAGAGGAUCCUCUCCAUUACGCAGAUUCAACGCCUGGAUGCAGAGAGGACCAGUGGCCCUGUACACGAAGAUGCGAUAACUACGGCAUGUUAGCACCAUGAUCCAUGGCUGUGGGGUUCGGGGUGUCUGUGCAGGUUGUGUUGCAAGAGGAGAUUGAAUGCCUCUAACAUCUCAAGGCUGUGAGCCCUGUGCAGGGUGGUGAUGAGCACUCAGGGCAGCAGCAGCAGGGGAAGUGGCCAGCAUGCCGACACUACUCCCCCCCGCCAUGCUACCGGACCCAAGCUGCAGGUGCAGCGCUCCCUCUCCCGUGACACCAUCACCAUCCACUUCUCUGCUCUGGGGAAAGAAGAAGAUGAUGAGGACGAGGAACUAUACGGGGUCCCUCUCGGAUCUGAUGGAGAUCAACCUGGGCUCGAAGAUGCUGGGGGGACCCAGGGUCUGGAUGCUUCAGCGGUGGAUGAACAGUUAGUCACCACAGGCUUGGAGGCAAAAGAGGAGCUAUUGUUUGAAUCCGCUGAUGUGGAGACCUCCUCAGGAGCUGCUGUUCUCCCUGUUUCAUCCACCACCCUGUCUGUUCAGCUAUCAGACCCUCCACCACACACGCCCUCUCCAGCCAUGACUAUUAUCUCCACUUCAACCCAUUCCUAUUUAGACUCCGACACUCCUGCCAGCUCCUCCUGGCCCUCUGAGCGACCCUCAGCCAAUCCCCCCUCCACUAGCUCCAGCUCCUCCUCCCCUUGCAAGUCUGCAACACUGCCUUCCUCCAAACCGUUCCUCAGCUUGGUCAGGUCUUUGUCCAAUGACGUAGAAUCUCGAGAAACCACUCCUGCACCUACUACAAAUGCACCACCACACACGAGGCACCGUCACUUAAUGAAAUCUUUUGUUAAGUCUCUUUCCACGGACACUUCAAAGACUGAACAUCAGGAUGGGCCUCUGCUUCACUUUCUUCAUCAGCCCCCUCAUCAGCAACAGCAAGUUCAGUUAUCCCAGCGGGCUCCACCUCGUAACAUGCAACUCUUCAAACAGUUCUCCCAGCCUCGCCUGUCCUCUUGCCCUGUCGUUGUCACACAAGCAGGUGGCGACUCUAAAACAGCCCCUUCUUCCCCCAUCAUGUCCCCAGAUGGUAGGUCUUUCUUCAAGGUCCAAGAGGUGGAGGCCAGGAUAGAGGAUACAAAGCGGCGGCUAUCGGAGGUGAUGUCAGACCCCCUGCAGCUUUUUAGUAAGAUCAUGGGGGAUGAGUCAGGUAUGGGAGCUGCUGGAGGCCACACUCAUCGUGCUAAGUCGCUGUCCUCGAGUGCGUCGGAGCUCAGUGGAAUUACUGCGGUAAAUGGACACGCAGAAGGUAACAACAACUACAGCAUCAAGGAAGAGGAAGGUGCAGAAGGCGAAGAAGACGAGGUAGAAACCCCCACAGGAAAGGGUCCUGACUCUGUUUUUUUCUCCUUCCCAUCACUGGCACCGGCUCCAGUCCUCACCCAAACCACCUCGUCCACUUUUCCCAAGUCUCCGUCCUUCACUCUGGGCCGAUGCUCCAUGUCCGCCCUGGUAGCUAAACAAGAAGACGAGGACUUCUGUGAACUGUACAGCGAAGACUUUGACAUAUGUACAGAUACAGAAACAGCAGAUGGGGAUCACCCUGGGUCCCGGCAGCCUCAUACUGGUAGCACUGGGUUGUGUAGUGAACUUGACACAGAGGAGGAGGAGAUUUUUGAGGAAGAGUUGAACUCUGUGCCUGUGACUAGUCUCAUUUUCCUGACACAGUUGGUGUACUGGUAUCUCGUCCUCCCAGUGCCUCCAUAUGUAUGUGCAGUGGUGCAUGGGAUAGUGGCAGGGUUCAUGAUAGUUUUACUGAUCCUUUGGUUUUCCUCUUCUGGACACUCCUCAAGAAGAUGGAGGCGAAGGAUAGAGCAGUGGAAUGUGUCCCAGCUGGACAUCAAAGAACCAGGAAUCUUCAAGGGCUGGAUGAAUGAGAUCCACAGCUAUGACCCAGAGAUGUAUCACGCCACCCUGACCCACUCUGUUUACGUCCGUCUGGAGGGCUCCGUCCUGCGCCUGUCCAAGCCCAACAGGAACAUCUCCCGCCGUGCCACACACAACGAGCCUAAACCUGACGUCACUUACAUCAGCCAGAAGAUCUAUGACCUCACCGACAGCAAGAUCCAGCUGGUGCCUCAAAGCUUGGCCAGAAAACGAGUCUGGAACAAGAAGUACCCAAUUUGCAUCGAGCUAGCCAAGCAGGAGGACUUCAUGUCCAAAGCCCAGGGAGAGAAGCCUGAAGCUGGGGAGGAAAAAAUUACUGGGCUGGUUGAAAAGCCAGAACGAACAGACAAAUGUGAGAGAGCUGAAGUUUUAGGAUCUGCAGAGGAACCCAAGAGGCCAGCAUCUGGUGCUGGAGAUCUGACUAUUUACCUGUUUGGGAGGACGGGUCGGGAAAAGGAGGAGUGGUUUCGGAGGUUUCUGGUGGCGUCCCAGGUGAAGUCAGAGGGGAGAAGUGGCAGUCUGCCUGGCAUCUGCAAGAGUGCCUUCUUGCCCUCCCACAGCCGCAGCAGCAGCACCCAGUCUGGUGGCGGCCUGGAAGCUGACAGCAGGAGCAGCAGCCGGGGAAGCCUGGAGGAGCUGUCUCAGGCCCGCCUGUCCUGUGCCUCCACUGGAGGUAUGAGGCAGAAGAUGCUGUUGGACUAUAAUGUCUACAUGGCCAAAUAUGUCAACCCCCAAGCACCACAGAGAAGUCCAAGUGCCACUGAGAGCCCCGGAAACAGCCCUGAGAGCAGCCCCAAAGCUACCAAGAAGAUUCGCAGGUGUUCAGAGGAGACUGUGGAGCCUGAGGCCUGGGUGAAUGCUUUUCUGGGAAGAAUUUUCUGGGACUUCCUUGGAGAGAAGUACUGGGCCAAUGUAGUCUCCAAAAAGAUCCAAAUGAAGCUCAGCAAGAUCAGACUGCCGUAUGUGAUGAAUGAGCUGACUUUGACCGAGCUCGACAUGGGCUUUUCUAUUCCAAAGAUCCUCCAUGCCUCUAAACCCUCUGUGGACCACCAAGGCCUGUGGUUUGAUCUGGAGGUUUCUUACACGGGCUCCUUCCUCAUGACACUUGAGACCAAGAUGAACCUGGCCCGUCUGGGGAAGGAAGGCGAGGGGCUCGGGGAGCACGGGAAGGAUUGGCCCAGGCCGCGGACAUACUGCCUGGCAGACAGCGAUGAGGAAUCAUCCAGUGCUGGCUCAUCAGAUGAGGAGGAUCCCCCAGAACUCCUGUGUGACAAAGCUGUCCCCCCUGGAGGCGAGGGCUAUGUGGGAGGCCACAGGCCCAGCAAGAUCAUGCGCUUCGUGGACAAGAUAGCCAAGUCCAAGUACUUCCAGAAAGCCACAGAGACAGAGUUCAUCAAGAAGAAGAUGGAGGAAGUGUCCAACACGCCUCUGUUGCUCACGGUGGAAGUGCAAGAAUGCCGCGGGACGCUAGCUGUCAACAUCCCACCUCCCCCCACGGACAGGAUAUGGUAUGGUUUCCGAAGUCCGCCUCGCCUUGAGCUGAAAGCACGGCCUAAACUUGGUGAGAGAGAGGUCACUUUAGUUCAUGUGACUGACUGGAUUGAGAAGAAACUGGACCAGGAGUUCCAGAAAAUAUUUGUGAUGCCAAACAUGGAUGAUGUAUGGCUACCCAUAAUGCACUCUGCCAUGGACACACGUUCAAAUACCAAUUUGGUUAAUGUGACAGAUGAUGCCUUGAAGGACCCAGAAUCCAAGGACUCUUUGGUCUCGGACAUGUGAUGACAGACAUUGUAUCACCAUGGCAAUAGGACAGACUCCUUCGACAUUUUUGCACCAGCCUGAUGGCGAAUCAUGAAGUGCGUAAACAAACCGAGAGGCGUCAGUGAGCUUGUUCAUUUUAUGGAAAAUGGAGAAUUGUGACUCAUUGAUUGUCAUCCGAUCACACAAUAUUUAUUUGUGUGGCGUCAAACAUUUUGCUCAAUUUUCCAGUGAAAUACAUUACAUGGGGCAUGUUGAGACCUUUAAACAAACGUGUGUAUUUGUGGAUCGACAAAUAGCCAUCAGAUUUAAGUAAAAGAACCAGAAUACCUGUGAUGUACAGCAGCACCAAACACAUAGGUUGUACUGUUACAACUUUUUGUGCAACCUUUUUAGUUGUACAAAAACUCUGCGAUGACUUUGAGGCCUCGAAUGACAUCAUAGAUGAAUUUGCUGGAAGCCCCUGCAUCUACUGAUACACAUCUCACAGGGAAAUCAAGACUCAUUCACCCUCCCCCAUCCACACUGCUGCCUGUGCCAGCCGCCUAUAUGCAAACAGAUCAACGGUAAUGUGUCCACAGCAGACACCGGGUCAGUUUAAAUCCACUUUGGACACAGGUUGUGUGUUUUGAAUAGUGUGGUAGGGUUUAGAGCUAACACUGACUUUGGUGGAGUGAUUAAAAACAUAUCUGCAUACACAGCAGCUGAA